CUUUGAUCUGUAAACUUGACCCGGGUCUUUUUCUUUGGAUGUUUUUAUAUUUAGAGUCUAUUGUUUUAUAAACGGAUUUAGCAUUGUAACUAUAGUGGUUAUUUUUUCCGCUUCUUUUAUAGAGGGAACGAUAUAACUGACGGAUAUAGCUAGCUGCUAUCUAACGUAGCAGGCUAACUAGCUUGCUACCGGGCUGGUUAACUUUGCAGGAUGAGAAGUAGCACUUCGCACUUAGUAAAUGACAGCAUGUGUUCGUCUCCUUCGUUUUUCGAGCUUACAGACUCUAGCGAUGUAUUUCGUGUACAUGUGGUACAGUGUUCUUCUAAAAGCGUGUUAAACGGAGAUGUUUUGUUUUGUGGCAAAGCCUCGUUGAAACCGGAGGCGACAGAUGUGGGUAGGGGCGCAUCAUGGACCGAUCGAGUGGACAGCAACCUGCCGCGUCGGCUGCCCACCUGUAGCACCAGCAUUAUGGCGCACACAACCGACGGCAUCAGAGACAACACAGCGGUUUGUGUUGGUAAAGAAGGUGCAUCUGGCGCUGUUCUGAUGGAGAAUGGAGGCGUGUCUCUACAGCGCUCCUCCCCGACAGGCCAGCGGGACGGGGGGCCGCUCAAGCAGUGCUCCCUCUCCCUCCCCAGCUACCGGCCCGCCCCGCACUUCGGCGCCCCCCCCGACGAGGACCGGGACAGCCUGGCGUCGCAGGACUCGGGCAUCCCCACCCUGGAGAUCAACAACCCGGAGCACAUCCACGCCCGGCCGGGCCCCCGGGACGGCCCCGCCACGCUGGCGCUGGAGCCCUCGGACGGCGGGCCCCGGAAGUCGUCCACGUUCCCGCGGAGCGGCCAGGACGCGGCGGGGCGGCUGCUGAGCCCCGGCUCGCGCAGCGCGCUCAACCGCAGCGACGGCAUCUCGGUGUGCAGCGUGUCCAGCCUGAGCACGGAGCUGUCGGCCACGCUGUCCGUCAGCAACGAGGACAUCCUGGACUUCAUGGUCACCUCCGACUCCAGCGCCAUCGUCACCCUGGAGACGGACGACACGCACUUCUCCGACGUCACGCUCUCCUCGCCCAACGAGCACGGGGACCUGUGGAGCCCCCGGCGACGGCCCCCGGGGACCUCGCAGGAGGAGGGCUGGAACAAGAGACUGGGCCCCCUGGCCAGCUUCUUUACCAGGAGUCUGUUCGCCAGGAAGGUGAAGGAGCCCAGGCCUCUGGAGCCCAGGGAGCCGGGAUGGAAGCUCUUUGGGAAGGUUCCCCUGAGGGAGGGGCCCGUGAAGGACCCCCGGAAAAUCCAGAAGGAAUAUGAAACAAGAAGUGGUAGACCUGGCAACCUGGCAUCUCCCAAACAGAGCGUGAGGAAGAACCUGGAUUUCGAACCCCUGUCCACCACAGCACUUAUCCUGGAGGACCGUCCAGCGAAUCUUCCAGCCAAGCCAGCAGAAGAGGCACAGAAACACAGACAGCAGUAUGAAGAGAUGGUGGCGCAGGCCAAGAAGCGAGAGAUGAAGGAGGCUCAGAAGAGGAGGAAGCAGCUGGAGGACCGAUGCAAGCUGGAGGAGAGCAUUGGCAACGCUGCACUCACCUGGAACCAGGAAAUCCUCCCCAACUGGGAGACCAUGUGUACGUCUCGACGGGUUCGAGAGCUGUGGUGGCAGGGCGUACCCCCCAGCGUCAGGGGAAAGGUGUGGAGCCUGGCCAUCGGCAACGAGCUCAACAUCACCCACGAGCUCUACAGUAUCUGCCUGUCCAGAGCCAGGGAGAAGUGGAAAGCCAUGCCGACGUCGUCCUCCGACACCGAAAGCGAAGAUGCUGGGUUGUCUCUAGCGGACAAAGAAGCUAGCCUGGAGCUGAUAAAGUUAGACAUUUCCAGAACGUUCCCCAAUCUCUGUAUAUUCCAAAAGGGUGGCCCUUAUCAUGACAUGCUGCACAGCAUUCUGGGAGCAUACACCUGCUACAGGCCAGAUGUGGGAUAUGUACAAGGCAUGUCCUUCAUUGCCGCAGUGUUCAUUCUGAAUCUGGACACUGCUGAUGCCUUCAUUGCUUUUACCAACCUGCUGAACAAACCCUGUCAGAUGGCAUUCUUUAGAGUGGACCACAGCCUUAUGUUGACUUACUUUGCGGCAUUUGAAGUGUUCUUUGAAGAGAAUCUACCAAAGCUGUUUGCACAUUUUAAGAGCAACAACCUAAGUCCCGAUAUUUAUUUAAUCGACUGGAUCUUCACCCUGUACAGUAAAUCCCUGCCCCUGGACCUGGCGUGCCGCGUGUGGGACGUUUUCUGCCGGGACGGCGACGAGUUCCUCUUCCGAACUGCGCUGGGCAUCCUGAAGCUCUACGAGGACAUCCUGACCAAGAUGGACUUCAUCCACAACGCGCAGUUCCUCACCAAGCUGCCCGAGGACAUCUCGGGCGACGAGCUCUUCGCCGCCAUCGCCACCAUCCAGAUGCACAGCAAGAACAAGAAGUGGGCUCAGGUUCUGCAAGCAUUGCAGAAAGAGCAGGAGCGAGGCAGUCCUGUCCUGAAACACUGAGUGACAGAAAGCUCAUGCACAGACACAUACCCUGGACUGAGACUGACACACACAUACACAACACACACACACUGAGACAGACACACAGACACUGGACUGAGACUGACACACACACACACACACACACACACUGAGACAGACACACAUACACACACACACACACUGAGACAGACACACAUACCCUGGACUGAGACUGACACACACAUACACACACACACACACUGAGACAGACACACAGACACUGGACUGAGACUGACACACACACACACACUGAGACAGACAAGGAGACAUGCACACACACAGCUUUAUGCUCACAGUAAUGGUAUAUAUAAAUAUAUAUUUGUUAAAGCCAUUUGUAUGAGCUACGCCUUGCUGGGGGGGGCAGAGAGGUGGACCGUGGGCAGUGGAUGGUCUUGACUUAUGCGUGGCCUGAUCUCACCAGACACUGGACGAGAACCUUCAGCAGAACUCUUUGAGGGGAAAGCCUUAAACACUGCCCAUCCUCCCCCCAGCACCCUACCCCCCAUCCUCACCCCCACCCCCUUUGAGGUACAGACUGAUAUAAACCAAACAAAGAAACAAACGGAUGUCAACGAAUGUAAACACCUUCCAUUAUCUUAUCAGGGUUUCUACCGGACACUGGACAUCAGUUCCCAAAAUGAACUCUAUUUCUCCUUUGGGCAUUUCCAUGUUUGUUGUCUUGUCAGUUCUCUUGUCAAUCAAUCAAUCUGCUAUCAUUCCAGCUGUGUGUUUACUUUGAUUAAGUUUAGUUUUUUGUUUUUUUUUUGUAAUUAAGGAAUUACGAAAUCCUGGGGGUCAGUUAGUUGAAAUUGUGAACUGAAUUGAGGGCAUACAGUGGGAUAAAUGUAAUUCUCAAAGUUACCGUUGCUCCUGUUGUAAAGGGUUGGUGUUUGCAUGUGGUUUGAAGGUAACUUCUUGCCACGGAUAUCGGGUUUGGAACAGGAGCACGUUUGGGCCAAGGCACUGCGAUAGGAUAGUGACAUGUUUUUUCUCUCGUGAGGCAUGAUGGGUACUUUCACCGCACACUGGCAGUGGUUGCUUUGUUUUUUGUCGUUUAUUUUCUCGGUUGUCGUUUGUUUUUAUUUUGGUUUGGUUUGUGCACAUUUCAUUUUGCAGAGUUGUGUUUUUUUAUGAAUGCUGUCCUUAGAUGCGGUUUGCUGUCAAACUGUUGCUUUUCUUUUGCCGCUCUUUUUGUCCCUCUCCACAUGCCUUCCUCACUUUACCCUUAUGCACUAGCACAGGAGUAUUUCGUCUCGACUAAAUAUUUCUACUUGAUUCUCAAAGUGUACAUUUUAGGUCUGUAUAACCUUAUUUUUGUGUUUGUGUACUAUUCCAUCUGUAUAAAUGUGUUGAGCUUUGUGUAUAUUUGUAUGAAAUAGUUGCUGCAGGCUAGUCUAUAUUCUGAAUCUGAAACACUUUGAUCUUUAGGCUGCUUCACCAAAUGUGUUUGGCUACUGAUUCCUAUGUGCAAUAGAAGAAUUUUGGAGAGAAUGUCGAGAUUCCUUUAGCUGGACGAGGGGAUCGCCUUGAUGAAUUAUUUAUUUGUUUUUCUCUGACGGUGCCCAAAAUUUGGACACUGGCUUGUGGCUUAGUCGUACAUCAAGUGCUUUUAUUUAUUUGAAUGCCGUUUUCUGUGAAGGCGGGCAACGCGGCUCACGCUAAUUGCUUUGGUUCCUUCGGCCUGGUAGGGCAGACUGGAUUUAGAGAAAAUGAUUGAGGUUGAAGAGGCAGAGCCCACGGGUCGUUUAGUCGGAUUGAACGUUCCCGGCGAAACCAAGAGAGGACCGUUACUACCUGAAGGCUGUUCAAUCGGACGGGACACUUCCAGUGACACUGAGAGACCGUUUGUGUGCUGAGCCGUUCGCACCUAUGGUCCAUUUCAUCCAAUCGGACAUUCCAAGUGCAGUCAUUAAAAAUCAGACACAGGUGAACGCCCUUCUUUUUGCCUGCAGAGCUGAAUGGACUGUGAACUGAGGCUGUUUGAAAUUGUUGUUGCAUCCCUGCUCUUCACUUUGUCACUUGCGGAAUAGUGAGAGCUCGCAAUUGAGCUCUUUCAAAGUUGAAAGAGACGUCCCCCACGAAUGUCCCCUUAGCUCGGACCGCUGUCUCUUCGCUGCCUCUCACCUCCCCGUUUUAUGUUGGAAAAAUGGUGUUUUGGAGUGAAGCGAUCUCCGGUUCACUCGUUUAACAUGUGAGCUGUUUUACAGCGCGAGGCCCAGCUAUCCAGCUGUACCUGUUUUGGUUCAAACGCUCGUCCUCCCAUCUCUACGAGUCUCUUCUUCAUUUCUUCUUCUCUCCUCCUCCUCCUCCCCUCUAUGCAGUGUGCACUGCCCUGGUUUACUCGUCAUGUUCUGUGAAGUUUCUUUUAACACACUCCUUUUCCACUCCAUUCAGUGAAGGCUGUAUGGAAAAAAUGUUUUGUGCAGUUUUUUUUUUCUUCUGCGCUCUCGCUCUCAUACUGGUUGUGUUUUUGUUUGAGGUGAUCUUCUGGUUCUCAGGAGACUCUGUUUCCAGUGAGACCAACUGUAUGUUACACUCCUUUGGGGUUUCGGGAUCUGAAUCGGCAGGACCACAGAGACAAGUUGGUCGCAGUCACAUGAGUCUUUUUGCGAAGGAGGGCAUUGCUUUAUGUUUUGAGUGUUGUGAUCGCUUCAUGAAGAAAUUCUAAGUCCUCAAACCUGGGGUUAGAAACCGCUUUAGAUGUCUGUGGACAAUAACUUGCGUUUUAAUUUUUUUUGAAAGCAUUGUUUUUAUGCUCGUGAACUGAAUCGCAUUUCAGAAUUGUCAAUACUUUAAGCAAGGCACAGGAAAUGAUUUGGAACUUUAACCCAUUGUUGAUUUUUAAACAUGAGUCUAUUAAUGUGGAAGGAGCAUACCAGUACCCCAAAGGUAAAUCAAUUUUUCUGGGUUAGCAGGUUUUCAGAGACCAAUGUUUUUAGUCCAAUAGUGGUUAAGUAAAUAAUUAGUGUAUGGGUAGAAGUUCUGCUGGAUAAAUUUAAACCCAGUUGAAUAGAAUACUCAACUUUCAUAGACCACCCAGCUUUUGGAAACCAUAAUGCAAUGCAUUGCUGACUGUCACCUGACAAUCAAGAGACAUCUCUAUUCAUCCACAUCUCCUGCAAUCCGGUUACAAUCUGUAAGUGUCUCUGUUCAAUCAGAGCUCUUGCAUUCUGGUCACUUGGCAGUCCAGAGGUGUCUGUACAGCCAAUACCUUUUCGUUCCCAUAGCACUGUUUGUCCAAUCAUAUAUCAUCCAUUCCAGUGUACUGAUCAUUUUAAAUUUUAGUGUAGACACUCACAUUCUGACAUGCUUUUUGUGUAUUUGCGUUUGUUGCUUUGGUUCUUUUUUGUUUUGUUGGCUUUUCAUCAUGUAUCGUGUAGACAUUUUCUCCAUGUUACCAAUACUAUUUUUAAAUUGAUGAAUCCUUGAAUUUUGUGUGUUUGUGUUGUGUGUGUUCGUGUUUGUGUGUGUGUGUGUGUGUGUGUGUGUUAAGGCUAGCCAUGUCACAGGCAGAUAGUUACACUCUACAUGUUACUGGGGUCAAUUUUAGCUUUUCAGAGGACUCAUACGAGGACCUUUCCCAUCAAACCUGCAGAUAUACAACCUGGAAAAUAAUUAUAUUAUCUUCUCAAAAUAAACUGUAUUCCUUUUUAGAUGUGUGUGUGUGUGUGUAUGGCUGUAACCAGAGAGAAAAUUGAAACAUGUCUGUGAAAUUAUGAAAUUCUGCUAACUUUUAAAUAUGAUUUUUGUUUGUUUUUUGUUUUCUGGAAUUUAAUAUUUUUGUCUUGCAUUUUAGGAUGUGACUACCACAUUUCCAAGGGACUUACUUUAGUUCAUUUUGGAGAAUUUGGGGAAAAAACUGGAACUAUAUCUCACUUGAAGUGUACAUACUGUUUUAUUAAAUAAAGCUCUGUACAUACAAAA